GCACCUCGCUUCCAUCAGUCAGUCAGUGUCAGCCGCCUUAGACAGUUUAGCUGGGGUCUGCUCACGGUCUAGGUCAACAAUUCGCGUGCUUUCAUAUCCUGCAAGAGUGCUAACCAUCACAGCGGUAAAGUCAGCUUCCAGCAAGUGAUUGAGCGUGUCGACGAGCCAAAGCGGAAAAUUGGAGUGAAUUAAUUUCUUGCCACACUAUUCCCCGCCGCAUUUGUUACCUUUAUGGAGUCUUCUGUUGGAAAACGUCAUUUCGAAUCGCAGUACAGAAGUCAAAACAGAAGCCAACAGCAGUGGAGCAAUGAAACCACCAGCGGAUACAGCUGAAGCAACGUUUGCUGCUUUGAAUAUGGACCAUAGCGAGAGGAAGCUGGACAAAUCUCGCGUCAUCAAUCCGCACCUGGUGCUGCUGAAGGCUACCCUGUUCCUGAUAUUCGGUGCUUUCUCCUCCCUGGUACCAUACCUGACGGUGCAUAUGCAGAGCCUCGGACUGACGGUGGGCGAAAUUGCGACCGUUUAUUUGACUCUGCUAUUCACGACCUGCCUUUGUCCUCCGAUCAGUGGAUAUAUCGUGGAUAGAUUUGGCCAGUACAAACCGGUACUGAUGGUCUGCCUAGUGCUAAAUAUCGUCGCUCAUCAUUCGCUAGAUCUGAUUCCAAGACGUCAGCCGUUCGAGCUGAUAAUGGUGCAACCACGACUGAGUUUCACAACGGCAGACAAAGGAAGUAUAUAUUUGGACCAGCCCUGCAGCCAAGCGGAGUGUCCGAACGCUUCUUUACUCCAGCUAAAACUAUGCCAACAUUGUUCGAUUGGAAAUCACAACAACACAUUGGUAGAACUCAUGGUUGCCCAAGUUGAUAAUUCCAACCGAUCCUGUGGAUUAGCAAUACUCGAUGAAUGCACUUUAGGGCGGCUCGAAAACAAUUCUCACCCAGUAAUCAGCGUUCAAUGCAAAUUGUCAAAUGAGUACGAUGGAACGUUCUGGUAUUAUUUGUUAAUCCGAUUUGGGGCCACCACCAUGCUGACUGCUACCGUAACAAUUGUCGAUCCGAUGGCUUUGACUAUGGUCGAACAACAUGGCGGAGACUUCGGUCGAGAGAAGCUAUUUUCUAGUCUUGGAAUGGCGAUCUUCACUCCGCUUACCGGUUUGUUAAUCGACUACUUCUCCGAAGGACAUAGCGCUACUAAUUAUCAGCCUGCUUUUUACACCUAUGACACUCUUAUGGCUCUAUCGUUGAUUUCCGUUCUGUUCCUACCGAUCGGACAGAAGUUGCCAUCUGAGAACAUCAUGAAACAUCUGUGCGAGGUACUGCAACACCCGCAUGUACUAGUGUUUAUCAUGUUCUUGUUCUUCAUGGGCAGCUUCUGGGGAUUCAUAGAGAGUUAUAUGUUUGUAAUCAUGAAAGAGAUGGGUUCUCCAAACUAUCUUCUUGGUCUAACCUACACGGUUGGAACCGCCACCAGUAUCCCUAUGAUGUACCUGACAAAUCCUAUUACCAAAAAAGUUGGGCACGUCAACCUUCUGGUGGUAGCUUUCUUUGCUCACGCUCUGAGAAUUCUUGGUUAUUCUUUCAUUCACAAUCCAUUCUGGUGCUUUCCGAUCGAACUCAACGAAGCCAUUUCCUGCUACUUCAUGUGGGUUGUAGCCACAACCUAUUGCGCCGUUCUGGCUCCCAACAGUCUGGUGGCCACACUGAUCGGUGUUGCUGGGAUGGCCCAUUUCUGUCUGGGAAAAGGAGUCGGAUCUUUCGCUGGAGGUUAUCUAAUAGCACAGUUUGGUACGAGGAUGGGAUUCCGUUACAUGGGCUUCUGUGCAAUCGGAUGUGGUCUUGUCUAUAAGUUCAUGCAUCUGGUGUGGCUGAAGAGAUAUGAUAAGCAUCAAGUGGUGGAAACCGAAGAUCGUAAAGUUACCGUAAAAUUCAACUUAACAAAGGAUUAAUCAGUGCUUGGGGGUGGAAAAUUGGUGCUAUAAAUACAUGUUAGAGAUCCGAGUUUACGGAACUCACGUUAUUUAUCAUUUACUCCAGCCAUAUUGAACCACGAAGUUGAAAAAAAUUUAGAUGAAUAUAGUAGUGCAAUUAAUAAAAGUGAAACUUCGAA